UUGAAAACACAUUGAUGAAAAAAAGACAGUCCAUCCAGAAGUCCAUGUCAGAAAAUGAAGCAUUUGAAAUGAAUGAAGAUUUUCUUAUUGGAGAAAGGUUUCAUUUACUACAAGGAACAAGAAUAGAGGAAACUACAUGUCAGGUAAUGACAUUUGAACAGUGGAUUCCACCUCAGAACCAUGUCCCAAGUGCAUCCAGUGAUACAGUUGCAGAAACUGAUGAAAAUAAAGCUGAAACAGUGGGAACUUUAAAACGGUUGCAGAAAUUAGUACAAACUAAGAAAGCCAGUAUACACAGUUUGGAUGACAUCAAGCAUGUUUUGAUACCUCUCAAUCCACUGCCACAAGAUGUAUAUGUCUCCGAAGAUGAGGAUGAAGCUCCAACAUCAUGUAUGAAAUUAACCAAAUCCCAGGACAAGAAAGUAGUGAGAGAGAAUACAAGGCGAAAGGAUGAAGCUGAGACAAGAACAGGCCUUCUGUCGACUUCCUUGGGGAGAUCUUAUACUUCCAGACUAAGCAACUUAGGAAAUAUUUCCAUCCGUUCAGAAACUGAAUUUCAGCUCUGGAGUGAUUGGAAACCUUUUCCUGAUAACCAGCUGUGCCCCUGUGAUUUCCUGAUUACAAGGAUAGAGGAGUGGGAAAAAUGUACUUGUUGCUCUCACCAGCCCCGUCUUACUUCCUCUCUCACGGACGUUGAUCUCCCAGAUUCAUGGCGAGCAAGUAGCUUUGGGAACUUUGACCAACGCAGACAUCAGUCAGUUUCAAAGCCAGAUGAUUCAUCUGAGAUAUGUGAAGCAGAUGCUGUAAGUGAUGGUGGAGAACUGGGACAUAACAAAUUACCAAAUAGUGGGGGAAGCCUUGGAAAGAAGAUGCGGGCCAUUUCCAUGACUAUGAAGAAAAAGAUGGGUAAAAAGUACAUCAAGGCACUUUCAGAGGAGAUGAAUGAUGAAGGAAAAGAUGAUUCCUGUUCUAAUCGAAACAGUGACCCUGGUGGAGGGUCAGGCACUGAGAAGGCCUCUCUAAAGGCCAGUGACUCCAUGGACAGCCUCUAUAGUCUUAAUAGUGGCCAGAGCUCAUCAAGUGGGGUUACUAGUUGCUCAGAUGGGACAAGCAACAGGGACAGCCUAAGGCUUGAUGAUGAAGUUCCUUACACUGGACCUUUCUGUGGCAGAGCCAAAGUACAUACAGACUUCACACCUAGUCCUUAUGACACAGACUCUCUCAAAAUCAAGAAAGGGGAUAUCAUUGAUAUCAUCUGUAAAACUCCAAUGGGUAUGUGGACGGGACUGCUAAACAACAAGGUGGGGAAUUUCAAAUUCAUUUACGUAGAUCUUAUUACAGAAGAGGAAUCUGUACCUAGAAAAAUAAAGCCACACAAGAGGAGUAAAAGGGCCAAGCCUAAUUCUCUUCAAGAACUCUUGGACCGACUCCAUCUCCAGGACUACUCAUCAACCCUCUUACUAAAUGGCUAUGAGACUCUGGAAGAUUUGAAAGAUCUAAAAGAGAGCCAUUUAAUUGAACUUAAUAUUGAAAACCCAGAAGACAGAACAAGAUUACUGUCGGCUAUUGAGAAUCUGCAGGACUAUGAAAAUGAACAAGACCAAGAAGCAGAGCAAGUGCCACAGACCUUAAGCCCUGACCUCAGCUUUAACAAGUCACAGUUAAAUGACUGUCCAAGAGACUCUGGUUGCUACAUCUCACCAGAAAAUUCAGAUAACAGCAAAGAAGACCUAGAUACAGAGAACCUGUCUGACAUGGUGCGGGCAAUCACCAUCACUGAAUCAAACUGAAAACGGCUCGCAUUUCCAGUGU